CCCGCCUCCUCAUAGAAACAUUUGCAACCAAAAUUUCACCACAAAUAAUUUCCAAGUAUAAUAGGAGCUGAAAAGUCUCAGUAAAAUUGGAGAAAUUACGAUGGAGCAAGGAGCAAGGCAAGCACCUCAUGUGGUCAUCUUCCCAUUUCCAGCACUGGGCCAUGUCCAUCCAAUGCUCAAUCUGGCCGAGCUUCUUAGCUUGUCCGGCAUCCAUGUUACUUUCAUCAACGCUCUUUCCAUUCAUAAUCGACUUUUACGUUGUACUGACCUUCAGUCCCGUUUUGGCCGUUUCCCAGGCUUCAGAUUCAAAACUAUUAACUUAGGCCUCGGCGAUGGACUUCCACAUACUUCUGAUGAUAUUAUGGCCGUUUUGAAGUCCUUGAGGACCACUGCCAAACCACUUCUCAAAGAAUUGUUUCUUUUGGAUAAUUACGAAUUAGGCACUACUGAUAAAGUUAUAGGGCAGGUACCACCUGUGACUUGUCUUAUAUCUGAUGGUAUUUUAAGUAUAGCACUUGAAGUGGCUGAAGAUUGUGGGAUUCCCACCUUUCAUUUUCGUACUUCAAGCGCUUCCUCUUUUUGGGCUUAUUAUUGCAUCCCUCAAUUAAUCCAUGCCGGCGAGCUUCCCUUCUCUGGAAACGACCUAGACACUCCAAUUGCGAAUGUGAAGGGGAUGGAGACCUUUCUAAGGCGACGUGAUUUACCGAGUUUUUGCCGCAUGGAUAAUUUGGGAGAAGAAGCUUUUCAAUAUGUCAUGAGCGUAACUCUAAGCACCCUUGGAACCAAAGGGCUUAUAUUCAACACGUUCGAGGGACUCGAAGGACCAAUACUGGACCAAAUUCGUGUUGAUAUCCCAAAUGUUUACACCAUUGGUCCGCUCCAUGCACACUUGAAGAACAAACUAGCAUCAGAAUCAAAAGGUAAAUCCAUAUCUUCCAGCGGAUUGUGGGAAGAAGACAGGAGUUGCUUAAAAUGGCUCGACGAGCAACCAUCGAGGUCAGUACUUUAUGUAAGCUUUGGAAGUGUGAUUACAUUGACAAAACAUGAGCUGACAGAGUUCUGGCACGGCCUUGUCAAUAGUGGUCAGCAAUUUUUGUGGGUUAUUAGGCAUGAUGUUAUCAAGGAUAAAGAUGAUGAAUUUGCUCACAUGGAUGUUGAACUGAGAGAGGGUCUGACCAAAAAUGGUUAUGUUGUAAGUUGGGCUCCUCAAGAAGAGGUGUUAGCACACCCUACAAUUGGAGGAUUUUUAACUCAUAGUGGCUGGAAUUCGACUUUGGAGAGCGUAUACGAGGCAGUGCCAAUGAUAUGUUGGCCUCAAUUGGCUGACCAACAAGUCAAUAGCAGGUUCGUUGGGGAGGUAUGGAAAUUGGGGUUGGACUUGAAAGAUACUUGUGAUAGAGUCAUAAUCGAGAAAAUGGUGAGGGAUUUGAUGGAAGCGAGGAGAAAUGAGUUCUUGGAGAGGGCAAAUGACAUGGCAAAAUUUGCAAGAGCAAGUGUUGGUGAAGGUGGAUCAUCAACUCGCAAUUUAGAACGCUUGAUCCAAGAUAUAUUUAGUUUUCACGGAGGGGGUAAAGCAUGAGUCCACACUUAACUUGAGUUUGGAUAGCUAGCAUUUAGCAAGUGAUCUGAAAAAUAAUAGUCAUACUUGGUCAAUGUUUGUUUUUUUUUUUUUUAAAUUUUGAUGAUCGAUUCGAAUAAAGAUAUAAAGGCCAAAUCGAGUUAUUUGAAUUAGUUA